AGGAGGAAGAGGGAGGAGAUCAUUACUUGUACACACAGAUAAGAGUGGAUCAGUAACAGUAUCAGGAGCAGCGGCGGCGGUAGUGGCGUUAGUAGUGCUCCUUCCUCUACACAGUGUCCGUUUGUUUUGUCAGGACCAGUGUAGUAAUAACGUCCAGCAACAUUCACCCUCGCGUCCGACAUUCAGCCAGCAAACGUCGUCAACAACAAUAUAGUUCCAUCACAUACUCUACACACUCGAUCCUCCCCUGCCUGCCUGCCUGCCUGCCUGCCUGCCUGCCCAAGACAUAAACAACGUAUUAAAUCAACGUCAACAUGUAUAGAUGAUCACGUGUGAUGGUGGGAGAGGAUGGCUGAGGGCCACGCCGAGGAUGCACCGCUGCUGGGGGGCGGCGAAUCCCUGUCUCCUGGCGACUGUUCCCCAGACCGUCAGCCUGGCGUGGUCAGCUCCCCCACCGUGUGGCCAGCGCCCGCCCCCGUCCACAAUGCCACCUCUGAGGUGCCGCAGCCCUGGCCUCCCGACGCACAGGUGCCGCAUCCGUGGCCGCCAGACUCGUGGGUGCGGAGACCGCACCUGGACACCCUACACGUGCCCGACCAGGGCGAUACCCCAAAGUUGGUGCGGUCACAAUCGAGUAUGGACAGUGGAUGUGAGUGUGACGGUGCGGACGGUGAAGGUGCGGCCACGCAUGACGCCCCGCCGCACCAUCAGCACCACGAGGCCGCAGGCGACGCCCAUGACCCCGCAGGCUUCUCGCCUUUGUCACCGUCGCAACCGGGGGGGUCUGGGCCGCCCACGCCCGGGCCCAGCACCCAAGUGGUGGUACUGGUGACAUCUAGCGCCCACAACACCUACACCCACGUGCCGGAGACGGAGGUGGGCCGCGGUGGGUGUGGCAACAACCAAAGCUGUGUCUGUGAUAUCGGCGUGGGCGUGGCAGAAGCCGCCCGCCUUGACCGAGGUCUCCACGCCGACCCCCAUACCAAAGUUACCUUCAUGAUAGAAGACGACGACGAUGACGAGUUUGACCACGACGGAUGUGGAAUGGGUGCUGGGAUGAACGCUAUUGAAACUGCCUCACUCAGCGGGUCUGAACCUGGAGAGGACUUUAAGGAACAUUUGAGACACCACGCUGCCCCUGGCUUCCCCCGAGUACCCUCUUACUCAAGGACAGGAGUGUUGUCAGCAUCAUCAUCAACAGCAUCUAUGCCCAUGUGCCGCAUCUGUCACCACCCACAAGGUGAUGGUUUGGACACACUCAUCUCACCCUGCAGAUGUGCUGGCACCAUGCAGUUCAUCCACCAGGGCUGCCUUAAUAAAUGGUUAGAGGUAAAACGGUGCAAAAAGGCUCCAGCUUGUGAGUUGUGCAACUAUCAGUUCCACAGACACAAGAAAUUCAGACUACACCAUUGGCAGCUUCCAUCUUGCUCAAGAGCUGAUAAAAUCCUUCAUUCUAUCUUCUUGGUGUGCCUAAUAAUCAUGGCUGCUUGUGCGACAAUCACAAUUAUCUGCUUCAAACAGGAUCGUGUUCUUCCUAAGAAAAUUGAUGAUGCAGAACUAACAAAAUCUGAAGUAGUUACCUUGACAUGUGGAGUCCUCUUCUUUGUCGCGUUCUUUGUGGCUAUGUACGUUGAGGUGAAAGCACGUAAUACACUUUAUAGGCUGUUUACACGCUUCCUUUAUUUAAAUCAAACAUGGCACAUAGCAGAAUAUGAUAGACGAAAAGAUUCACAGUUUGGUCACGCCCCAGUCUAGCCCUAAAUUUAAGAGUUGUUACAUAUUUUUGAUGUACUUGUUACAUGCCAUUCUAGUGUUUUGUAGAUGAGUGAAUGAGACCUGGUAUUUUGGUUACUUAAAUAAUGUAUUAAUGCUUUUUUACACAUAAUCUGUACUUCAUUGCAUUUCAUGCUCUUUGUAAUUAGUAACUACCUGUAUUUGAUAAGAGGAAGAUAAUAGUUCAAAUUCUUCUCCUUAAUGUCCAGAAUGGAAGGAAGGAAGGAAAUGAGACCAUGAUGGGAUAAUGUUCUCAUAUUAAACUUUUAGGAGUAAGGAAGGAAGUUUUUAAAAUUACUGUAUGUAGUUAAAAUAAAUAAUAUAAUCAGUGAUACAGACAAUGUAUGAGUGUGUGUGUGUGUGGAAGGAAUAAUACAAGAUGUGGAUGUGUUUCAUAUGGGUGAUGAUAAAUAGUCAGUUCCCUUGAUUUAUACAAUAAAUUGUCUUACUGUAAAGUCCACUACUUCACUACUACUAGCCAUGUAUAUUAACUUGUGCAGGUUUUUAUUCUGUUCCCAGAUGUGAUGCUCAUAACAGUUAAGUUUUGCAGAUCUGUCAUUGAAUAGAGUAUGUGAGACAAUCAUCUUGUUACAUACAGUGCUGUACUUCUGGCCUCGGUGGUCUCCUAGAAAACCGGAAAUUAUUCACUUUAAGGCUAAAGCUAAAAAUAAUUUUCCAUUGAUUGUGGUCAUGGAUGUCAUUCAUUGCUAUUUUGAAAAAGCACUGAAAAUUUGAUUAAUUUAUGAAGUUCAUAAUAUAUAUAUAU